AUGGCUAUUCAAGCUCAGAUGUAUUCAGGCUUUGGUUUAGGGGAUUAUUUGAUGGACAAUGCUUGUGGAUUGAACAACAGUAUGUGUUACGCACCUCACCAGCAGAAAUUGCAGCAAGAACAACAGUUGAUGCAGAGAGUACCACGCAGCACGGACGAUCAAAUCUCAUCGGCAUUUUCUCAAACAGUUGCCGCUCAUGUUGAGAAUCAACGAAUUGAAAUCGAUAUGUUCAUCAAUUCACAGAACGAGAGAUUGAGAAUGGCGCUGCAAGAGCAGAGGAAGCAGCAUAUGUCGAUGUUCGUGAAGAAGUGCGAAUCGAAGGUCCAAUUUCUGAUCAGGCAAAAGGACGAGGAGAUCGAGAAGGCGGCGAGGAGGACGGCGGAGCUCCAGGAUUACCUGAAGAGAAUGGAGAUCGAGAAGCACGCGUGGCAGAGGGCGGCGAUGGACGGCGAGGCGGCGGCGGCUUCGCUGAGCAGCGCGAUCGAACGGCUGAGGGAGGCCGCCGCCGUCGACGGCUGCGGCGGCGGAGAUGCUGCCGGAGACGCCGAGUCUUGCUGCUGUAUGGGGGGUGACGAGAAAUUGGCGAGAAACGAGAAUUUAGUGGGGAAUUUGAGGAAGAUGAUAUGUAAAAGGUGCCAUGUGAAGAAAUCGUGUGUGAUUAUGCUGCCGUGCAGGCACCUGUGUGCAUGCAGGGAGUGUGAGGGAUUUCUGGAUUCAUGCCCCGUUUGUAAUGUUGUGAAAAGAGCCAGUAUAGAGGCUUUGAUUUAA